GCUUCGGGUCUCCUCCCAGCCCAUCGCCCCGCCCCGAUCUGCCGGGCGGGGCUGGGCCGAGAGUCCAGCAGCUGCUGGCUAGGGCUUCAGGGACUUCCUUGUUGUGAGUCCCGGCCCGGCAGUGUCCGGACUCGUAGCACCGCUGUCCUUACCGGGACCGCUCGUCCGAGUCUAGGUCGCAGCCGCAACCUCAGCCCGUCGGUCCCCCUUUCAGCACAGGUCUUUUCCCCGCACGCCCCGCGCUCCCUAACAUGCCCAACCCCAGCAGCACCUCCUCUCCCUACCCCCUCCCUGAGGAAAUUAGGAACCUGUUGGCAGAUGUUGAAACAUUUGUGGCAGACACACUGAGAGGGGAAAAUUUAUCCAAGAAAGCAAAGGAAAAGAGAGAAUCCCUUAUUAAGAAGAUAAAAGAUGUAAAGUCUAUCUAUCUUCAGGACUUUCAAGACAAAGGUGAUGCAGAAGAUGGGGAAGAAUAUGAUGACCCUUUUGCUGGACCUCCAGACACUGUAUCCCUAGCCUCUGAAAGAUAUGAUAAAGAUGAUGAAGCUCACUCUGAAGGAAACCAGUUUCCUCCAAUUGCAGCACAGGACCUUCCUUUUGUUUUAAAGGCUGGCUACCUUGAAAAACGCAGAAAAGAUCACAACUUCCUGGGAUUUGAAUGGCAGAAACGCUGGUGUGCUCUCAGUAAAACAGUGUUCUAUUAUUAUGGAAGUGAUAAAGACAAGCAACAGAAAGGUGAAUUUUCAAUAGAUGGUUACAAUGUCAGAAUGAAUAACACUCUCAGGAAGGAUGGGAAGAAAGAUUGCUGUUUUGAAAUCUCUGCUCCUGAUAAACGUAUCUAUCAGUUCACAGCAGCUUCUACCAAAGAUGCUGAAGAAUGGGUACAGCAGCUGAAAUUUGUAUUACAAGACAUGGGAUCUGAUGUUAUUCCUGAAGACGAUGAUGAAAGAGGAGAAUUAUAUGAUGAUGUUGACCAUCCCUUACCAACCAGCAGCCCACCAGCAAGCAGCCAACCAACUGAUGAUGAAAUUUACGAGGAACUCCCAGAAGAGGAGGAGGACAGUGUUCCUGCACAAGUGGAGGAACAAAGGAAGAUGAGCCAGGACAGUGCUCUUCCCAGCACAGGAGAUAAAAGCACCGAUUAUGCGAAUUUUUACCAGGGUUUGUGGGACUGCACAGGAGCUCUUUCCGAUGAGUUGUCAUUUAAACGUGGUGAUGUGAUUUACAUUCUUAGCAAGGAAUACAAUAGAUAUGGCUGGUGGGUAGGAGAAAUGAAGGGAGCCAUUGGCUUGGUGCCGAAAGCCUACAUAAUGGAGAUGUAUGAUAUUUGAGAGUCCUGGCAGGAAAAAUCAACAUUUCACCUGAAGAAAAAAAUUCAAAUGCAGCUUUCCUUUUUGGCCUACAGAAAAGGAAGAUUCUCCUGCUCGUCUGUAAAUGCUUUGGAUUUAAAAUCAACUUGAGAGCAUGAGUGGCAGUUUGUAACCUUUUCGUGUUUUGUUGAACAUUUUUCUUUGUUAUUUUAUGCAUUCAUUAUAAUAUUCCUCUGAUGUGAAAUUAAGUAAAGAAUAUUAAUUAAGUUGGAGACAAGCAGUAAAGUUGUACCUGUUGCUGUUUUGCGAGGACGGAAGUCUAGUUUUUAUUUGCUCGUUUGAUUUGUGUGAAGAAUUCAGCCCAAUUUUAUAUGUACCUCACAGUCACUGCUGCUUUCGGUAAUUUCGGUAAUUUCUCUUCCUAUUGGAUGUCAGUGAUAUUUUAGAGUGUAAUAUAUAAUUUCAUGGAAAUUUUAAUUAAAUCUAUCAUGUAAGCUUUUGGUAGAUGCUAUCUGAAGACUGUGGCUUUGUUCAAACUUUGUAGAGGAUCGAUCGUGGUGCUGAUUUUUCACACAGUGACAUGUUUUCAUGAAAGAAUUUGGACUGAUUUUUACCUCGUGUUGAAGAAAGCCACAGGAAAGAAAGAAUGACAGAGCCCCCAGGACACAUGUGCAGCCCAGAGCCACAGCGUGCGUGAAGCCCCUUAUCAGGAACACACAGCCCGCCUUGGAGACGGGCUGGCCAACAUUUUCCACCAGAGUUGUGUUUAAAUUUAAUAAAAUAAAAAAAUUCAUUGGAAAGCC